AUGUGGCUCCUGGUUCUGGUUCUGGGGCUGGUGUGGCUGGCGGGGCUGUCGAGCGCUCAGAACGAAACGGAACCUAUUCUGCUGGAAGGGAAAUGUCUGGUGGUGUGUGACUCCAACCCGACCGCCGACCCCACCGGCACUGCUCUGGGCAUCUCUGUGCGGUCCGGCAGUGCCAAGGUGGCUUUCUCUGCCAUCAGAAGCACCAACCAUGAACCGUCCGAGAUGAGUAACAGAUCCAUGACCAUCUACUUCGACCAGAUACUGGUAAACAUUGGAAGCAAUUUUGAUUCCGAACGAAGCACAUUCAUAUCACCAAGAAAAGGGAUUUACAGCUUCAAUUUCCAUGUGGUAAAAGUGUACAACCGCCAAACAAUCCAGGUGAGUCUAAUGCUAAAUGGAUGGCCUGUGAUAUCUGCUUUUGCUGGUGAUCAGGAUGUGACUAGAGAAGCAGCUAGCAACGGAGUUCUUAUUCAAAUGGAAAAAAGGAGACAGAGCUUAUUUAAAACUAGACAAGGGAAAUUUGAUGGGAGGAUGGAAGUUUUCCACAUUUUCUGGAUUUCUGGUAUUCCCCCUUUA